AUGUCGGACGACUUUUUCAACAGUGUGCCUUUCUCGGGUCAGAAUACCAACGAGCAGGAAUCUGUCGACUCCUUUGCACAAGCAAUUGCCGCACGCUUUGGCUCCGCCGAUCUUCUUACUGCGAGGCUCCUCCCUGACGACGCCCAAAAGGACGACCACAAGCAGCAAGUCCAAGAUCCCCGACCCGACCAAUCUCCCUCUGCAUCUAAAUUUCCUGAAAAUUCACCGCCGUCAUUAAAUCAGUCUUUCACACCGGUCUCCCCUACUGAGCUGGCGUCUUACCUUUCGGAACACCCUACUCUCACCCUCGACAUCAGACCUCAUGCCGCCCAUGCUUGUGCUCGCAUCAGUCACGCCUUGUCCCUUUCAGUUCCGUCAACUCUUCUCAAGCGUCCUCUUUUCUCUCUCUCUAAGUUGGCUCAGAUGAUCCCCUCCUCCACUGCUCGCUCUCGGUUCUCUGCAUGGCCAGAAGCAUCCCAUAUCCUUGUAUAUGAUGCGGAUUCAAUACAUCUACCACAUAGCAGCAAUGUUGCUGGCCUUCUUCGCAAAUUCCGCGCAGAGGGUUUCACCGGUGAGCUUGGCUGGAUUCGGGGAGGUUUCCAAGCUGUAUGGAGGGAAGCUAGAGAACUCACGACCACAGAUCAACCGAGUCCGGAGGAUGAUGACACGGAAAUCGGCAGUGGGUCAGAUGCCCUGAGGACAAAGCGCCUCCCCAAGUCAGCCUUUUCUGCUACUUCAACAACAAUGGGGUCCACAGGGGUUGGCGCCGAUACAUCGGGGGUAGCUCAAACUCCAGCACCGGCCAUCGCGCGCGCUGCCAACCCAUUUUUCGAUGCUAUCAGACAAAACGCUGAGCUAUCGCAAGGCAUCACCGAACGUAUACCUCUUCGCCUUCCUCGACGUGUUAGGAAGCGCAUCAAUGAUCUCCCCUUCGCAUGGCUUCGGGAAAUCGCCUGUCGUUCUACCGUUCGACACUUGCCAUCAUCGUCACGAAGCUACGGAUCAGAGUCGGAGUCGAGUGAUGAGCCACAUGCGUCCGAUCCAGAUGAACACGACCCAGAAGUAGAAGAAGGCACAGAGGCACUGGCGAUGCAGUUUUAUCGGAUAGAACUCGCGGAACAAAGACGAUUGUGGACUGUCAUGGAACACCAUUCGAAAGAGAACGAUACUGUGCCAAAUACACCCCAUCCCUCUUUGUUCCCAUUCUCGAUCACCGCAGGCGUGGAAAAGGGUGCAAAGAACAGAUACACCCACAUCUGGCCUUUCGAACACGCCCGUGUGCGCCUACAUGAUGGCCGACACCAGGGGAAUAUUCGGAGUGAACCCUCACCUUUGGAUGAUUAUGUCAACGCUUCGUACGUACAACCGUUAGGCACUCGCAAGAGGUACAUUGCGACACAAGGCCCCUUGCCUGCCACCUUCCUUGACUUUUGGACUUUAGUUUGGGAGCAAAAUGUGCAUGUCAUUGUUAUGCUCACCCGCGAGGUUGAGAGUGCCAUGGUCAAAUGUGGAGCCUACUGGACGGAUACAUGCUACGGACCAUUCCGCCUCCAGUUACUGUCGACUUCACCACCGCUUUCUCCCUCGCUACUGGCUGAUUCUAUGGAAACGUCCAGGCAGGGAUUCUUCUUUGCCCUUCACGAGCCAGGCACUAGUAGCAGGAGCGGAAAUACUCCUACCACGAUAACGCGCAGAUUCGCGCUCAGUCACACGUCCUACCCUGGUGUACCCCCUCGCCACAUUACUCAUCUGCAGUAUCUUGACUGGCCGGACAUGAAUGUCCCUGAUGACGCUCGCGGAGUUCUGGAUCUCGUUAGGCGUGUCGAACAUGCUGUAGCGGAAACUACACCGGCUCCUAGUCCGAGCGAGAGCUUGAGCCCUGAAUGUAGCACUAGCCCUAGCCCUGGAACGACUGGCAUUGCAUCGUUUGCAUUGGGGAAACAUCCACCAGUGCUGCUUCAUUGUUCAGCUGGGGUGGGCAGGACGGGUGGUUUCAUCGCAGUUGAUGCAGUGUUAGAUGGCAUUCGAAGAGAACUUCGAAAGCUCCGGGAGACGAGGGCAAGGGGAAACAGAGAUAUUGACACCGAAUCCAGAGCUAGUGGGACAGAGAGUAGGGCUUCCGACGCUAGUACCGGAGGAGACGAGGGAAAUAGUAUGGACGUUGAUGGGCCACCAACUAAUAAUGGCGAACCCCACCUGUACGCACCAGUGCGCCAACCGACUGCGUUACUUCAUGUCACCGCUGGCGAGCGCAAAAAGGGCAGAAAGCAGUAUGGUACGCGUGCGACCAGUUCGGAGUCGCUAGUCUUGCAUGUGCCAAUUGCAACGGUCCAUCGAAGUGCUGAUGACGACACCACUAAUAUGCAGUUCGACAACCCACGGACGGCGGGCUGGAAGCCUUCGUCGACUCGAGAGUGGGCAGAACAAGUCUCAGAUCAAACGCAUACCAAGGAACACUGCCCUGAACCUCUCACAACCGCCACGUUCAUAUCAGCUGUCCCUCCUACGCGUAGAACCGGGUCUCCUAGCUCUUCGAAUAGUAGUGGACCUUCGGUGCUAAACUCAGCCGACGACUCGGUUGGCGGGUCAGCAAGUGUAAGCGGCUCCGGCAUCGGUAGCAACAGUAACGGAGAUGGAAAGAGUACGAGCGGGAGUGUUUCAGGGAGCGGCGGCAGCCUAGCAUGCGCCCCACCUUCGUCUUCAGCCUCGAUGUCCCAGAAUUCAGUCAUCGACUACAAGCUGCCACGCGAACUGCAUUUGGAUAUAUCCCCACCAUUGUUAUCUUCGUACCAAAACCCGAUCUGUAUGGUAAUCCAGGACAUGCGAGAGCAGAGGAUGAGCUUAUGCCAGAGCCUACGGCAAUACGUUUUUGUCCACGCCGUUGUGAUAGAGGGUGCCUUGCAGAUCAUAGACGAGGAACAGGGAUCGUGGGGCGACAGUGGCGGUAGCGACGAUGGGCCCGAACUCGACCCCAGCGUCUUCGAGAAUGCGAAGGAAUCAGUUGGCACAUCCUCCGUUCUCUCUUCUUCGCCGAGCAAAGGUAAACGGAGACCCAGUCCCACUGAACUCCUCAAAGAGGACAAAACGGGCGCUCUGUCGCUAGCCAAACGCCCCAGUGUUAAGCGCAAGACACCCAGCGACGAUGAAAUACCACCCACCUUUGAGAGCAACGCUUCGGCUGCGGGACCAGUUGGCGUCCCUGCCGGGUCAGGCAUCGCCGUUCCAUUGGCUAUAGGACCUUCAUCGCAGGAGCACGGUGGUUGGUCUGGCCCGGCUGUGGAGUAG